AUGGCGGCUACGACGACUAUUGGGUUUGUUUCGCCGACGGGCUUAACCAUCCGUCGCGGUGGACAUAGGGUUUUGUUCAUCCGAUGCUCCGCCUCUCCUCUCACUUCAUCCACUGCUCUCGUGGAGAAACCUUGGACAUCGUAUAAUGCUAGGCUUGUGCUAGAAGACGGUUCCAUCUGGCCGGCUAAGUCCUUUGGUGCCCCUCGGACUCGUGUUGUCGAAUUGGUCUUCAACACUUUCUUGACAGGGUAUCAAGAAAUUCUCGCUGCGACUAAUUCCGGCGAUGGAGAGAGCAUAAGAGAAACAAAACGGAGGAGGCGGAGGCGGGUGUCAUUUUUUGUUACAGCAGCAGAUGAUGUCUCAACCUCCUUCUUGUUCUUCUUCGACUUUGAGACUGAAACUAUCUUCUCCGGUUCAGAAUCUGAAUCAGCAGAAGAAGUUGCUGGAGCUUUGACGAUCUCCUAUUGUUUGCGUUCAGUUUCUUUCACUGCCGUGGAAUCUUGCUCUACCUCAUGGCGUGGAAAUUGA